GCGGGGCGGCGGCAGGAAGGGGGUCGCGGGGCGGCGGAGCGCGGUUGUUCUCGGUGUCGCCGGGGUUGCCGCCAGUAGAGCAGCAGCGUGGCCGUGGCCGGUGGUUCUCGACUUGGAAUCUAAACAGAAUUCCAAUGCAAUGGGUCUUUGGUUUUACUGGAAAUAUCCUCGUGCCUCGUUCUAAAAGAUGACUGAUGCUGGUUUCUGCGAUGCUACUGGGUGUCUCUGGCACCAUGGACUGAUACGGAACACACGAAUCUAACUGUGCAACCUGGGGAGGAAGCAUCAGGAGUGCUACUUCAUUUCGGCUCCUUAAGUGGACAAAGGCGCAGUCUCAUCCAUCUCCAAGGGAAAACCCUUCAACAGAUUUUUAGAGCUAGUAAUAAAGACAACAUAGCAUCAUCCACCUUCCCGAUUUACAGUGCAUCACCUUCCAAGACAGAUGGUCUGUCAGAAGCUGGAGGAUGCCUGCAGAGCACAUAAUAAUGAAGUAAUGAAUUGAUGCUGCUGCCGCCUAAUAGUCAGGAUCACAACUGAUAGAGCUGUGCUGCCCUUUUUCUGGUCCUUUAAUCAGGCCAGGAACGGCAGGGUGGACAUGGCUGGCCUCGUUAACAACCUGCUAAUACUGAUUCUUGUUCUUCAAAACAUCUGUUUGGGUUUCAGAAGCCCACUUUCCGUCUUCAAGAGGUACAAAGAUGCUACUAGAUCUCUUUCCAGUGAAUGCUUUGGGAGCACCAGACCGGUUGUUUCAUUUGGGCUGUCAGAUUUCACAUUGGACAUUCGUAUGCCUGGAGUGACACCCAAGCAGUCUGAUACCUACCUCUGCAUGUCAGUACGCCUGCCGGUGGAUGAUGAAGCCUACGUAGUUGACUUUAAACCUCAUGGUAGCAUGGACACUGUCCAUCACAUGUUACUCUUUGGAUGUAAUGAACCCUCUUCUAAUGAAAAUUACUGGGACUGUGAUGAAGGAAUCUGCAAAGACAAAUCAAAUAUUUUGUAUGCUUGGGCAAGAAAUGCUCCACCUACCAGGCUUCCCAAAGGUGUUGGAUUCAGAGUUGGAGGAGAAACAGGGAGCAAAUUUUUUGUACUGCAGGUACACUAUGGUGAUAUCAGUGCAUUUAGAGAUAAACACAAGGACUGCUCUGGUGUAACUUUGCAUCUGACUCAUCAAAAGCAGCCUUUGAUUGCUGGAAUGUAUCUAAUGAUGUCUGUGAACACUGUCAUACCACCUGGAGAGAAAGUGGUUGAUGCAGAUAUUGCUUGCCAUUACAAAAGAUUUCCAAUGCACCUUUUUGCCUACAGAGUUCAUACACACAGACUAGGUAAAGUAGUGAGUGGAUACAGAGUGAGAAAUGGUCAAUGGACAUUAAUUGGGAGACAGAGUCCACAAGUACCACAGGCAUUCUAUCCAGUGGAACAUCCUGUUGAUGUUAGCUAUGAUGAUAUUCUUGCAGCUAGAUGUGUGUUCAGUGGUGAAGGCAGAACUACAGAGACACAUAUAGGGGGAACAGCCAAUGAUGAAAUGUGUAAUUUUUACAUUAUGUAUUAUAUGGAAGCCAAGCAUGCUGUCUCGUAUACAACGUGCACACAGAAUGCAAACCCUGAGAUGUUCAGAAACAUACCACAGGAAGCAAAUAUUCCUAUUCCAGUCAAGCCUGAUAUGCUAAAGAUGGCACAUGGGCAUCAUGAAGAAACCAAGGAUACUGAUAAAAGUUCUUUGCAGUUGUCAAAAGGAGAAGAGGAAGAGAUUUUGGAUCAGAACUUCCACAUAGAAGAGGCUAUGGAGUGGCCAGGGUUAGACCUUAAACUAGGCCAAGUUUCUGGUUUGGCUCUGGACCCUGAAAACAACCUAGUUAUCUUCCACAGAGGUGAUCAUGUUUGGGAUGAAAAUUCUUUUGAUAGCAAAUUUGUUUAUCAACAAAGAGGACUUGGACCGAUUGAACAAAACACAAUUCUUGUUCUGAAUCCAAGUAACGCAAAGCUGCUGCGUUCCACAGGCAGAAAUCUAUUUUAUCUACCGCAUGGUUUGAGUAUAGAUAAAGAUGGUAACUACUGGGUCACUGAUGUAGCUCUCCAUCAGGUUUUCAAACUGGGAGUGGAUGCAAAAGAACCACUGCUGAUCCUCGGAGUAGCUCUGCAACCAGGCAGUGACAGCAGUCAUUUCUGUCAACCAACCGAUGUGGCUGUGGAUCCAGUCACCGGCAGCAUUUACGUAUCUGAUGGCUACUGCAACAGCCGCAUCAUUCAGUUCUCUCCAAAUGGAUUAUACAUCAUGCAGUGGGGAGAAGAGACUUCUUCAGGCAAAGCUGGACCUGGACAAUUUCGCAUCCCUCACAGCUUAGCUCUGAUCCCUGAAUUAAGUCAGCUCUGUGUUGCAGACAGGGAAAAUGGUCGAAUUCAGUGCUUCAAAUUAGAAACUGGGGAGUUCGUAAGAGAGAUAAAGCACAAAUCAUUUGGAAGAGAGUUGUUUGCUGUUUCGUAUUCUCCAGGUGGUCUGCUCUUUGCAGUUAAUGGAAUGCCUUAUCCUGGAGAGUCAGAACCAGUGCAAGGAUUUGUGAUGAACUUCUCUACUGGAGAGAUAAUUGAUAGUUUCAUUCCACUUAGAAAGAGCUUUGAGAUGCCACAUGAUAUUGUCGCUUCAGAAGAUAAAACAGUAUUUGUUGGAGAUGUUCAUGCCAGAACAGUGUGGAAGUUUGCAUCCACAGAAAAAAUGGAACAUCGGUCAGUUAAAAAGGCUGGUAUUGAGGUGCAGGAAGUAAAAGCAUCAGAAACAGUUAUAGAAGCCAGAUUGAAAAACAACCCAGAAUCAACAGACCCUCUGAAGAAGCAGGAAAAACAGCAUUUGGUUCGACAAGCGAGCACUGGAGUUUCCUUUGUUCUUAUUACAACUCUUGUAAUUAUCCCUAUUGUUGUCCUGCUGGCAAUUUUACUAUUUAUUCGUUGGAGGAAGACAGCAGUCUAUGGAGCUGAUGGGGAGCACAAACUUGACUCAAAUUCAGGCCGAAUAUUAGGCAGACUUAGAGGAAAAGGUGGUGGUGGCCUCAACCUUGGGAACUUCUUUGCAAGUCACAAAGGCUACAGCCGAAAAGGGUUUGACCGUCUCAGCACCGAAGGAAGUGAUCAAGAAAAAGAUGAAGAUGAUGGCACAGACUCAGAAGAAGAAUACUCGGCACCUGCACCCCCACAAGCACUUUCUUCCUCCUGAAAACAGCCUUUGCGUUCUCCAUUAUAUGAUUCAACCCAGAAUGUCAGAUUCCUUUUCCCUUAAGCACGUUUAAGAUUUUGUGUAUUUAAUUGUAAACUGUACUAGUCUGUGUGGGGCUGUACACUGGUUUCUUUUAAUUUUUGUUUGGUUUUGGUUCUCUUUUUAAGUGGAGGAGUGUAUGGAAGUUCCAUAUCAGUGCCGUUGUUUUUUAUGUGACUAUCUUAAUAAAGCAUAAAGUCUUCUGAUUGCAGCACUGAUUUAAAGCAGUAGUAUUUUCUCAUAACAAAUUGGGGAUCUUUUCUGUAUUUGUAAAUAAAUUGUAUUACCUGCUUCGAGAAAGUAUUUUUCCUAUAAAUAUUCAGUUGCCAAUUUCUUUUUUGUGCCUUUCCUCUUCCAUGUCCUUAACCUGUUGCAGUACAGAGAAAAUACAGUGCCACAAGAAAAUGAAGCUGCUAAAUCCUCUUCUAUUUUUUUAAAAUCACUAACAUUAUAUUGCAUUGAAGGAAAAAAAAAAAAGUAUCUAUUUAAUUGUUUUUUCUUCUUGACUUGAUGUGUUUCUGGGAUGUCUUAUUUUUAGAUGGUAUCACUGUUAGAACACUAUUUUCAGGAAUUGAAUGUAAUUUGUGUAAUAAAGUGUUCGCAGAGCAUUAGCUGGCUGAGCGUACUCUGGAAUUUUUGCAUGCUUUUAAGUUUUUUGUAUACAACUUUUGUAAAAGUUACACAGACCACUUAAUACAGGUUUUAAAAAAAAAAAAA